UAGCAUACACUCAAUGGAUCACAAUAUCACAAUGAUCUCAAUGUUUACAACGCUUGUAGACGAAUACAUUUUAUUCGGCUGGCGGGAAUCCGUUGUGGCGCGUGGCAUUCUAUCGUUACUCGCGUAGAAGAGCCGUUGCUUCACCUGGCUACUGGAUAUCGGGUGCUAUGGUGUACACCCAGGGCCUACAUGAUCAGGGAAAUAAUCAGCAAAUGCGAAGGAAGGUAAUACGAAGGUCAAAUCAUAAUAUUGGCAACGCAAACAAGGCAUACAACGAUAAACCUGUGACCUCUUAGAAAUGAUGACUGGGGGCGGUUCGGGGAGACGACUCGCAUUCACACUGUUCCAGAGUUUAGUCGCCAAGGACCCUCCGUGUGUUGUGCCCCCGAUUUGGUGUGGGAGACCCUCCUCCAGGACGUACACCAUGGACUCGACAGGAAAAAACGGAUGUGACCAUACCACCAACAGCAUCGACGCACAACCAUACGCAUUUCUUGAACGAGUCUCUAAAUUUAUGGUGGACGAACUGAAGAAGUCGACCACUGGAGAGCAAAAAGUGAUAGAUUUCUAUCAGCCCGAUGAACUUCGUGAGAAAAUUGAUCUGAAAAUUACACAGAAGGGCGACAGUGAAGAGCACCUCAUGAAGACAUUGAAAGAUGUCGUCAAAUACAGCGUCAAGACAUCUCAUCCAUAUUUCUUCAACCAACUAUUCGUUGGACCAGAUGAAUACGCCCUUGCCGGAGCAUGCCUUACAGAAACUCUCAAUUCUAGUCAAUAUACGUAUGAGAUGGGCCCGGUGUUCACCCUGAUGGAGAAGUUAGUGUUCAGGAAGAUGAUGGAUCUGGCUGGAUGGAGCCAAUCAGAGGGAGAGGGCAUAUUCUGUCCUGGUGGAUCAAUCAGUAACAUGUACGGCCUGAAUCUUGCCCGAUUCAACCAGUUCCCCGAGGCCAAGGAGCAAGGCAUGCAGUCCCUGCCACAGAUGUGUGUGUUCAGCUCCACCCAUUGCCAUUACUCACUAAAGAAAGGUGCUGCAUUCCUUGGCUUUGGCACGAAGAACCUCAUUCCAGUAAAUUGCGAUGAAGGCGGGAAGAUGUGUCCAAGAGCACUAGAGGCGGCUAUUCAGAAAGCCAAGGACGAGGGUCUCCACCCCCUCAUGGUGAACGCGACAGCUGGAACGACCGUCGUUGGCGCUUACGACCCACUGAACGCCAUUGCCGACAUCUGUAAGAAGCACAAGUUGUGGAUGCACGUGGACGCUGCCUGGGGAGGGAGCGUCUUAAUGUCGAGUAAACACAGACGCGUCAUGGAAGGCAUUGAAAGGGCCGAUUCUAUGGUUUGGAAUCCACACAAGAUGCUGGGGAUCCCUCAGCAAUGUUCAGCAUUUUUAACAAGACACCAGGGCCUACUCAAACAAGUCUUCUCAGCCGAUGCCCGCUACCUCUUCCAACAAGACAAGUUCUACGACGUUUCCUACGACACCGGUGACGCUUCCAUCCAGUGCGCCAGGAAGAUAGAUGUGCUCAAGUUCUGGUUGUCUUGGAAGGCUCACGGGGAUGUAGGCAUGCAGAGACGGGUCGACCACGCCUUUGACAUGGCGCAGUAUCUCGCGACGAAAGUCAAAGAGACUGAAGGAUUCAGACUCGUUUUUGAGCCUACUUGUACAAAUGUGUGUUUCUAUUACAUUCCACCGAGUAUGCGAGGGCAGGAGAAGACGGAAGAAUGGUGGCAGAAGAUUGGGAAGGUCGGCCCAGCUAUAAAGGAGCGCAUGAUCAGGAAGGGAAGUAUGAUGAUCGGAUAUCAGCCUCUAGAGCCUUGCGGUCUCGUCAACUUUAUUCGAAUGGUAAUACACAAUCCUGCUUUGACGGAAGAGAACAUGGACUUCGUGGUCGAGGAGAUUGAUCGGCUUGGCAGAGACCUUUAACUAGUGUAUGCCAUGAAUUCCAAGAGCUGCACUUCAUGGUAUCAAACGAUGCUCUGAGUCGGAUCGAAGUUAUAGGCUAUAUCACCCAAAACUUAACAUGGGGUAGUUGACCUUGUACAUUCGAUUCAAUUAUGUGUGGUGGUAAAUAACUAAACUCAUUGUAACAAAGGGUUAUGGUGUAGGUCUUGAUAGUUUGAAUGUUAGGGAUGCAUAUCAAGAAGGGUAUGCAGCAUGAGUAUGAUGAUCGGAUGUCUUGCGGUCUCGCCAACUUCAUACGAAUGGUCAUACACAUUCCUGCGUUGAGAGAAGAAGACAUGGACUCCUGGUGGGGGAUAUUGAUUGAUCCUUCGAGUCUGAUCUGUCUACUUGCACAGGCUAUAGCACCAGAGUAUUUCAGUUCAAUGUCACAGGCAAUGUUGUGACAUGAGCUAUCUGAGUGUAAAGGUGGAGACACUAAAACCGCGCGAAAGUGUCUCGCAACUGCAGCUUCCAGAGGCGAUUGUAAUAUCACCUCCAAUGCCAAUCAGCAACCCUGCCUGUCACCGGCUUCGGAAAUUCAAGAAUAAUGAAUAAACACAAUUACUGAUCAAGUUAACAACUUA